AUGGAGCUUGGAAAGGAACGCGUUGUGGCCCUGGUAGAUAUGGAUUGUUUCUAUGUACAGGUUGAACAACGGAUCAACCCUGAGUUAAAAAACAAACCUUGCGUAGUGGCGCAGUACAAAACCUGGAAAGGGGGCGGUGUCAUCGCGGUGAGUUAUGAGGCUCGGGCAUACGGUGUCAAACGGAACAUGUUCGCAGAUGACGCCAAGAAAUUGUGUCCUGACCUCCAGGUAGCCAGAGUGAGAGAGUCACACGGGAAGGCAGAUCUCACACAUUAUAGGGAAGCUAGUGUGGAGGUGAUUGAGGUGAUGUCUCGCUUUGCUGUGAUUGAGAGGGCCAGUAUUGAUGAAGCCUACAUGGAUCUCAGUGCCAGCGUACAGCAGAGACUGAAGAAUAUGGCAGAACUGAGGGUUGAACCUCACCUACUGAAAGCCACUUAUGUUCAGGGGUAUCCCCAAAUCUGCACCUAUGAAGAGGGGAACGCUGGAGCUGCAGAUAAAGAGGAGCAGCGGUCUCAGGGUCUGCAGGAGUGGUUGUCCUCCUUGACCCUCUCUGCAGACUGUGCAGAGCUGCAGUUGGCAGUAGGAGCUGUGAUUGUGGAGGAGAUGAGGGCAGCGGUGGAGAGGGAAACCGGUUUCCGCUGCUCUGCAGGGAUCUCACACAACAAGGUUUUGGCUAAGCUUGCGUGUGGUCUGAACAAACCCAAUCGUCAGACUGUUCUGCCAUUAGGCUCAGUUCCUCAGCUCUUCAGCUCUCUCCCCAUCAGCAAAAUCCGUAACCUGGGAGGGAAACUUGGAGCCUCCAUCACUGAGACCUUGGGGGUGGAGAACAUUGGAGAUCUGACACAAUUCACUAAAGGCCAGUUGGAGCAGCACUUUGGAGAAAAGACCGGUCAUUGGCUGUUUGACCUGUGUCGAGGUGUAGAGUUUGAGCCUGUAAAAGCUCGUCAACUCCCCAAAUCUAUCGGCUGCAGCAAAAACUUUCCUGGAAAGACGGCUUUGGUUACAAAAGAGAAGGUUCAGUACUGGCUUAAUCAGCUCGCUCUGGAGCUAGAGGAGAGACUCAAUAAGGAUAGAGAGACGAACGGUAGAGUGGCCAAGUUGCUUACAAUCAGUGUCCGUCAGGCUGGGGACAAGCAACCCAACAGUUUCUCUCGCUGUUGUGCUCUGACUCGAUACGAGUCCUCCAAGAUCUCCAUGGAUGGCUUUGCCCUCAUUCAGAGCCUUAAUACUGCAGGAAACCAUCAGGCAGCUUGGACUCCUCCACUCACCUGCCUGCACCUGUCAGCUGGUAAAUUCACCGAAACAGCCACAGGUCCGUCAGUUGCUGGCUUUCUGACUAGUGAAGCUCCUCGAACACAGAAACAACGAGCCUCUACCCAGCCCUCAUCAGCUUCAAAGAGCAAACAGACCUCUCAGAAACCUGGGGCCAUCCAGUCCCUCUUCCAGAGGGCCGCAUUAAAGAGGAGAGAAAACCAAGAGAUCGAACAAGAGAAAGAAGAUGAUGGUCGCAGGGUGAUUCAACAGUUGUUCCCUUCUGAAUCCGUUUCCCCUGCUGCGAAACAAAGCAUCUCUCUGCACGCAGCCAGUCUCUCUUCAGAGAAAUCCUUAGCUGAUUCUAAGACUGGCAUUUCCACAUUUUUUCAAAGGAAGACGAUGGAGAAAAAUGUGGAGGGCUCUUAUGCUGAGACAACAGUGAAAGAAUCUUUAAAAGAAAUGGGCACCUCAGCGCAGGAGCUUCAGCAAGGUGACUCAGGGCUCAUUUGUGCCUCUGAUCCUUCAGAUGCACUCACUCUAUCCAAAGAGGACCUCCACACCUGUGAGCGCUGUGGGCAGGAGGUGCCAGUCUGGGAGAUGCCAGAGCAUACAGACUAUCACUUUGCUUUGGAUCUGCAAAAUUCUUUCUCCUCUCCACCAUCCUCCUCAUCCUCCACUGGUCUCGUGAGGUCUGGCACUCCUCAGUUGUCUGGAGGAAAGAACAAACUCAGGAACCCGACAGGACCACAGGCCAAGCGGGCAAAGACACAAGGUGGCACGGCAACUUUAGACUCUUUCUUCAAGAGGAGCUGA